UUGAAUUGGUUUUUGUUGUUUUGAUCCGUGAGAGGUUUCUGUAAUCAUUUGAAGACUUUCAUCUAGUGUAAUCAUGAAUUGAGGCUCAAAAUUGAUCGUAUUGAGUGAAUGGUUUUCUAUUCGUCUUGGUUGUAUGGAGCAAUUUGAAUUGGUAAUCUAUUGGUGACAUUGCUGAUCAACGCAUUGUUUAGGAUCACCAAUUUGGUUUGGUUUACUUACAUCAGUGGCUUAAUUUCUUCAAAAAAUAUAGUUGUGUUUCAAUGUUUAAUUACUCUAUUCUGUUUAGUUUGUGAGAAAAUUUUAGUGAUCAUUGAGAGGAGAUGAUAUGUUUAGAUUUUGAAAAUAAUUUCUCAAAUUAAAGCCUUGCAAUUUUUUUUUUCCUUUGUUAAGAAGUUCAAGCGUCACCAAUGUUGUAAUCCUGGAUCUGCCACUGGGCAUCACCAGUCUCUUGACUCUUGGAAUUCUGCAGUGCAGGGGUCUCAAUUUCAGUUAAGAGGCCAAGGUUCACUGUAACUUAAACUCGAAGUCUCUUAAAUUCCCAUGAGAAAAUGGAAGGAUUCGAAGAAUGGAAGAAACGGGCAGAGCAAUGGUUAUCUCAAGCAUUGCAACAAUGGAAGAAACAGGCAGAUCCAUUGUGGUUUGAAGCACAUGAGUACAUUCAGCAAGUUCCGCCUACUCAGAUCUGUGCUGCUCUUGCCAUCUUGCUAGUAACCUCAGUUUUACUCUUAUUAGGUAGGUUGUUUAAACGCCAAAAAGCUAAUACCAUAUUGCUGAGUAGGCUUAGCGGGAGUGGAAAGACUGUUCUUUUCUAUCAACUAUGGGAUGGGUCUGCUCACCAAGGUACUGUGACAUCAAUGGAACCAAAUGAGGGAACUUUUGUGCUCAAUUCUGAAAAAUCAAAGAAUGGAAAGUUAAAGCCUGUACAUCUUGUUGAUGUUCCUGGACAUUCUCGUCUCAGACCCAAACUAGAUGAGUUCCUGCCUCAAGCAGCUGGUAUAGUUUUUGUGGUGGAUGCUUUGGAAUUCUUACCAAACUUGCGUGCUGCUUCAGAGUACCUGUACGAUCUUUUGACCAAGGCAAGUGUGGUGAAGAAGAAAAUUCCCAUUCUUAUUCUCUGCAACAAGACAGACAAAGUAACAGCACAUAUCAAGGUGUUCAUUCGAAAACAAUUGGAGAAGGAAAUUGACAAAUUACGGGCAUCAAGGAGUGCAAUAUCGAUAGCUGAUAUUGCAAAUGACUUUACUCUUGGGGUACUCGGCGAACCAUUUUUAUUCACUCAGUGUCAGAACAAAGUUACAGUUGCAGAAGCUGCGGGUCUUAUAGGCGAGAUAGCUGAGGUGGAACAGUUCAUCAGGGACCAUGUAAAGUCUUAGGAUGUUUUAUUGGACUAAAUGAAUUUGUGGUGUUUCCGCUGUGAUAGAGUUAGAUAGGCAGAAUAUUGUGGUUCAGUCGUUGAAAAUCUUAAAAAAGAUGCCUGAAACCAAUUGAACUUUUCAAGGAAGGAUUUUAGAGGAAACGGAAGAGACGCUAAUCCAUGUUUGUGUUGUAGUGGGCGACUGAAUAUGAUACCAAGAACAGUUGGCGGUGGGUUUCAUUACUUGCAUUUUAAUUCAAGAAGUCUUAUUA